AUGUGUUGCGCGAUUAAAGCUGUGCUCAAGUUCGUUAUUUCCACAAUCAAUGUCAUUUUGGGGAUUGCAUUCCUUCUUGUUGCGCUAUUUGGAGUUCUUCUGAAGACGCCUGUAGGCGAGCAAAUCCUCAACACUGCACUCACACAUGUGGGGGAAAUUGAUAAUGAAGAAGCCAAGGCGCUGGCUGAUUUCGUUCUGGCUAGUCCAGGCAGCGCCUCUGUUAUACUCAUUGCCGUUGGCUUGGUUAUGGCCGCUGUUUGCUUUGUUGGUGCCUUUGCUUCCUGCUGUGGUUGUGGACUGCUUCUUAAGAUUUAUGCGAUCAUUCUCGCCAUCUUGCUCCUUGCGCAAAUUAUCGUUUUGGCAAUUCUCGCUGCAAAACCUGAAACGCAUAAAGAGGAGACAUGUUGCGGCAUAAAUGGGGUUAACGAUUUCAAAACCAUCACGAGUUUCACAAAGCCUCCUGCACCCUGCUGUCCAGAAGGAAAGACAGACUGUACUUUCGAAGAAGCAAGCAAGGAAGGUGUAGCCGUACCAGGCUGUGAUGAGAAAAUUGCCAAAGCCUUCACUCGUCCCGUCAAGAUAUGUAUGGGUAUCGCCAUUGUUAUACAGGCAAGUUUAUGCUUUAUAAACUGA